GCUAAGAGAAGCUCAGGAAAGAAGCCGAUGAUAUGGCAGCUUUGAGAGCGCCCAAGUAGAACUUCGUGUUAUCACAACACUUUGAGAGGAUAUCAGGGCGCGUGCUCGACAUGAUUUACUUAAUACUCGUUUCCGCGGUUUUCGGUGCAGUCGUUACUCUGAUAGUACAGUUCCUGCUAAUAUACCGGAGAAGCCCUGAGCCCGUAGGCAGGACAGUGCAGUAUGUCAAAGUAGUGCCCGGUAACGCGCUGAAGGAUUACUUUAAUAGCCAUCAUGCCGAAGCAGGCCAGCAGCAGGACAGCACGACAUGUACCGCAUCUAAGCAGCCAGAGGCCGCCUCUACGCGGCAGCAGGAGGCAGCCGUCACCGGCGGCGGCCCGAAACAACAGCCGCCACCGCCUUCCCAAAGCGAGCCCAUCGAUGCAGGAAAAGCCGAAACGUGCCAUUUCCUAAACGCUAUCUUUCUGUUCCUAUUCCGGGAGCUCAGAGACACUCCCGUCGUCAGACACUGGCUCACCAAAAAGAUUAAGGUGGAGUUUGAGGAGCUGCUGCAGACCAAGACAGCUGGUCGGCUCCUGGAGGGACUCAGCCUGAAAGAUUUCUCUCUCGGGAAUUCGCUGCCGGUUUUUAAAACCGCCAAACUCAUGAAGCCGGUGCACCUGAACGAGGACGGGAUGCCCGAAGAGCUCAACUUCGAGGUGGACAUCGAGUACAAUGGCGGCUUCCACCUCGCCAUCGACGUCGAGCUGGUGUUCGGAAAGUCGGCUUACCUGUUCGUUAAGAUGCGGCGCGUGGUGGGCAGGCUGAGGCUGCAGUUCACGCGCGUGCCCUUCUCCCACUGGUCCUUCUCCUUCCUCGAGGAUCCACUGGUGGAUUUUGAGGUGAAGUCCCAGUUUGAAGGGAGGCCACUGCCUCAGCUCACCUCCAUCAUAGUCAACCAGCUGAAACGGGUCAUCAAGAAGAAACACACCUUACCCAACUACAAAAUCAGGUACAAGCCCUUCUUUCCUUUCCAAGUGCAGCCUCUGCACGGCUCAGCCUGUGAUCUGGAUCUGUCGGUGCACGACAGCCGGCUGGUAGAAGGACGGCUCAAAGUCAGCCUCAUUGAAUGCAGCAGACUCUUCAUCCUGGGCUCCUACGACAGAGAAACCUACGUCCACUGCACCCUGGAGCUGAGCAGCCACCAGUGGAAGGAGAAGGCUCGCAGCUCCAUCAAAAAGACGGAGAUUAUCAAGGGGACAUGUGGCAGCGUGGGGAUGACGUUCAGGCACGUCACUGCCAGUGAGGGCGAUGCGGUGCACGUUUGCAUCGAGACAGUUUUGCCCAACUCCCCGGCAGCGUUGGCAGAGCUGCAAAAGGGUGAUCGUCUCAUUGAAAUUGGAGGUGUUAAAGUGACGUCCUCGGUUCAGGUACCAAAACUGUUAAAGCAGGCCGGAGAAAAGGUGUUGGUACUUUACGAGAGACCAGUACGUCAUCAGACUCCCUCUUUGGGAAACCAGGCAGCUCUGCAGGAAGGACUUGCUCAGCUGGAAGAAAUUGGUUUCAUGUCCCAGCAAGCAGGCUAUGAGGAAGAGCCAGCCCCCAUCAGCACCCUUUCUGACCUGUCUGACAGCAAAGACAUAGACUCUGAGUUUGAAGAGUUGAUUGUGGAAUCCAAGUCUAGUGGUGGCACUGCUGGGCAAAAUACCACAAUUAUCAGUGAGGCCAAGGAGGAUUUCUUACUUACAGUAAACCAAAGCCCCAAAAGGACUGUAGCCAACCUGGCUUCCAAGCCUCUUGGUACCAUAUCACCCAUCCUCAACCGCAAGCUAAACCUGGUGGGUCUCCAGUCACCACUAAAGCCCCAGCCCAAAGAAUCACCAAAGCCCUCCCCACAAAAGACCAGUAGUGAUCCAGGGGAGGUUCUGCAACGCCCUACUGUCCCUCCCCCACCUCCCCCUUCCCGCCCUCCGGUUCCACCACGACCGCAGAUCAGGUUGACGUCGGCAUCCUCCGAAACGAGCCUUUUGGAGAGUGUGGAUUCGGCAGCUGCUAACGUCACCGCUGCUCCUUCCGUUACGAAGACGACCAGCGCUUCAGAAAAGUCUCCAGAAAAGGUUCAGCGCACUGGACCCGGCGAGGACAAGUCUGAGAAGGCAUGUGUCAAACAGAUGGAGGCGAAACAGUCCAGCAAGGCAACGGACACGAGUGAGGAGGUACCUCCAUCAACUGUGACCAGCAGCAGGGCUGAUCAAGCGAAGGACAAAGCAUCAGAGAGCUCCUCCAGUACACGGGACAGCGUAGAGGACCACUCCCUCUGGGAAUCCACAGAAACCAUGUUUCGUAGCCAAACGGCACACUGGUCCAAGGCGUCUGUGGUGUUUGAGGUGGAGAGCAACCAUAAAUACCUUAAUGUGGCCCUGUGGUGCAAAGAUCCCUUUAAACUGGGCAGUCUGAUAUGCCUGGGUCAUGUGAGCCUCCAGUUGGAGCACAUAGCUCUGGAAUGUAUGGCCACAUCUUCAGGAGAGUACCAGAGCACCUUCAGGUUGGGGGCUCCGGAGCCCAGAGCUAACGUCAGUCGCACCGCGUUACGCAGUCUCAGCACCCACAAAGGUUUCAACGAGAAGCUGUGUUAUGGCGAUGUUACUUUAAACUUCUGCUACUUAGCUGAGGGGGAGCUGGACUAUCCGGUUGGGCUGGUGGAAAGAGAAGCAGAGGGCAGUGUUCAGGAGGAGGACCUGAGGGAGAGGGAGCCCGUCCCUGCGGCGCCGCGCGAGGACUUGACCUACAGCGCUCUGCAGUUGCAGGAGGUCCGUCAUAACUUCCAGGACACUCAGUUCCAGAACCCCACCUGGUGUGAGUACUGCAAGAAGAAGGUUUGGACCAAGGCAGCCUCUCAGUGUAUGGUCUGCGCCUACGUUUGCCACAAAAAGUGCCAGGAGAAGUGCCUCGCUGAAAACCCUUUUUGUGUGGCCACCGCCGAACGCCGUGGAGCUGACCUCGAAGCCAAAUCCACCAUAAACCGCGCCACCACGGGUCUAACUCGCCACAUUAUCAACACCAGCUCCCGUCUGCUUAACCUUCGCCAGGUGCCCAAGGCUCGGUUUACCGAACAGGUAGCCGACGUGGUGCCGGGAGCGGUGGAGCCCUCGCCUAAACACACCCCCAACACGUCUGACAAUGAAAGCAGCGACACUGAAACGUACACUAGUGGUGCCAGCCCGUCAAAGCAGCCAGCUGGGAGCGGUGGGAGCAGUAAACUGGUACGUAAGGAGGGCGGGCUGGACGACAGCGUGUUCAUAGCUGUGAAGGAGAUAGGUCGCGACCUUUACCGGGGGCUGCCCACAGACGAGCGCUCCCAGAAGCUGGAGUUGAUGCUGGACAAACUGCAGCAGGAAAUUGACCAGGAGCUGGAGCACAAUAACACCCUUCUGCUGGAGGAGAGGGAAGCCGCAGAUGCACGCCGCAAGGCCCUUAUCAGCACCGCCCUGGCCAAGUCCGGGGAGAGGCUCCAGGCCCUCACCCUGCUGAUGAUUCACUACCGCGCAGGGAUUGAGGACUUGGAGUCGGUGGAAAGCACUUCUCCUUCAGAGCAGCGAGGCUUUAAGGGCAAAGAAGAAGGUCUGGAGGAGGAGGCCCUCCUGGGGACAGAGGUGUACGACAGCGACAUGUGCAGCCCUGUAGAUGUGCCGCUGCUGGACGACAUCACCGAAGAGCAGAUCUGCGUGGAGGCUCUGCACUAGAAUAAGACUGUGCAUUUAAAAUACGGGGAUGUGGGCGUCGAGCGUCACCUGUAAUUUGUGUUUGUUUCCUUUUUCAUGUGAAAAUGAAAAUUGUUUCACGGACGGUGAAGCCGUUAUUGAUCUACUGAUUUCCAUGCUCGAGGUUUUUAAGGGAAGAAUGAAAGUUGCACGUGAGUUAUCGAACGCCAGCUGCACAUUGAUCCCUUUGGUUUCCUGCGACCUGAGAAUGUCACUGUAUGCAUUAAUGCAGGUUGCUGUCUUACCUUUAUUUUGGAGAACAAUUAUGAAACAUGAAGAGCAACAGGGUUUGUAUUUUGUUGGCUGAAGGAUCCAGUCUUGAUUUUUCUUUUGUAAGAUGUUUGAAUGAGUCAUCACAGUGAUCGUUGGGCUUUCACUUCUGCACAUGGUGUCGUUUAUAUAUUGUUUUCCUCUGUUUUGAUUGGUUGGUCUGUAUUCAGACCAUCUGUUGUUUUUAUUUUAUUCUUCUUUAAACGUCCCUGGGUGCAAGAUGAUCCAUCGAGUUAUGAAUAUUUCUGUGUUAUAUUUCGUUAACAUUCCUCCAGUGUGCACGGCGGUUCUGUGGCACGUUGUUGUAAGUGUGAGAGAGACUCUGAAUGAAUGUGACCCGGCUGCUUUAGCUCCUGUGUUUUUAAUCCACACCUGGUUUCAUCCUGAUUGCCUUUAAGUUGUUUCCAAAUGUCUGAUCUUUUCCACGUUGUGUCUGUACAGCUGUUCGGCACCACCCUCCCUCCGCCCGUCCUUUAACAUGCUGAGCAUUAAGUCUGUUUGUGUCAAAAACAGCUAUAGCUCCCAAAGCGCCAUGAUCUCCAUUCACUGUUUACAGCUGCUAAGAACAAGAAGACAUCUGCGUGUUGGGGAAAUCUGCCCUAAACCCUGAACACAGUCUGUCGUUGGCUUCGUCCUUUAUUUUUCUAUUUAGCGUCACAGCGCAUACGGGAAGCAGCUCUGUGUCAUGUGAUGCUACAGAAGGAGAUGUACUGUAUGAAACGCUCGAAUAGAAGAAGCCUUUUGUUGUUAAAUAGACUUCAUAUGUAAGUUAUGAGCUGAAACACUGCAGAGAAUGAAGUACAACAGCAGCAGGUUUAUUGUUGUGACUACGAGGAUGUCUCAUCUCUGCUGACAGCUGAUGUUAUUCACCUGUGACGGUUUCCUCGUGGCUUCUGGUUGAACGUGUCACUUUGUCAGUGGAGAGCAGGUGUGAAUGGGUGAAGCUGACCUAUUCAAAAGCCGCGAGUGAAGAUCUGCAUAGAGGCGAGCCUACAAUCUGCUCUUCACACUCCAGUGUUACCGACUGCAGAUUCAACAAAGGGCAUGUUCCUGUCUGCUGUGGUCAGUCUGUUGCUAUGUGCUGUGGAUAUUCACACACUGGUUGCUAUAGCUGUCUUUUGAUCUUUUUGUGCAAUAUUUGUUUUAUAAAGCACUUCUGCUGCAUUUCCUCGUCCACUGAGCUCACACUCACAUGCUUCUGCCUCCACUCACAGCCCGAACCUUGGAAACUCCACAGUGAGUAAAAGCUCCGCCCACUGCUCUGACCACUGCUUUCAGAUUGAGAUGGUGUGUUUUUUGUGUGUAUGUAUG